AUAGUUCGAUUCUCCACUAUCCCAGCACCGUCUGCGAAGCUGCGUCACCGGAAAUACCGGGGAACUGAUGUCUGACCGUAGGCGCGCAAUCAAACCAUUGCUGUGAACUGUGUAACUUUUGGUGAAUUAACGACGAUUUUAAACCGACAUCUAACGAUAUUUGCGUGCAGGGCCUUUUCGUUUUAGUGUACAGUCUGCGUUAUAGUUAUGGCCUGUACGAUAUGACUGCAACUUUAUAAAUGUUGGGCCUCCACGAGGUCUCACGACCUGUGACUCGAUAGCCUUUAAAGCUAGCCGGACACUUUUGUGUGGGUUAGAUAACAUUUGCAGUUUUUGUUCUGUACAAAGACAUUUGUGUAAAAUAUUACAAAUGUCUGGGUUUAAUUUUGGGACGGGGACCACUGGUGGCGGAUUUUCAUUCGGAGCAACAGCAAGUACCCCAGCUGCCAGCUCUGGAGGGUUCACGAUGGGAAACCUGGGCACGGCUACCACCACCACAACCACCUCCUCCCUCGGCCUGGGGAGCAGCCUGUUUGCACAGAAACCUGCCAGUGGAUUCUCCUUUGGCGCUCCAGCAGCAGGAACUGCUGCACCUGCCACAGGCCUUACUCUUGGGGCUCCAGCUGCGACUACCACCGCCAGCAACAGCUUCCUGGGUUUCGGAAAACCAGCUGCUUCAGCUACGCCCUUCUCACUCACCGCCUCCUCUGCUCCCACGGGUCUGACCCUCGGUACCGCUCUCACCUCCAUUGCCCCAGCUCCCCAGGCUGGCUCUAUCGGCUUCUCGCUCUCCCUGGGGGCCACGCCCGCCACUUCUGCCACCGCCCCCUCUGGGCUCAUGCUGGGCUCCACCUCUGGAAUGGGCUCCAACCUCUUUAACACAGCUAAUGCUACUUUGGGACAGCCAGCUCUUGGAGGGCUAGGUAUGGGAUCUUUUAUCUCCACUUCCACCUCUACUGCCCCUCCAGCUUCCACCAGUGUGGGUCUUGGUGGUAUUGACUUAAGCUCCUCAGAGAAGAAUAACAAAUCCUCUGGCGCCAGACCAGAGGACAGCAAGGCUCUGAAGGAUGACAAUCUCCCAACCCUCAUUUGCCAGGAUGUUGAAAAUUUCCAGAAGUUUGUAAAGGAGCAGAAGCAGGUUGAGGAGGAGAUCAGCAGGAUGUCCUCAAAGGCCAUGCUAAAGGUGCAGGAUGACAUUAAGAGUCUGAAGCAGCUUUUGUCUGUCAGUGCCAGCACCCUGCAGAGAAACAGCCUUGCCAUCAACAAACUGAAGAUGGAGACUGCUCAGGAGCUGAAAAAUGCAGAUAUUGCCAUACGCACACAGAAAACCCCCCCAGGACUCCAGCAUGAAAACACUGCACCCUCAGAUUAUUUCAGAGCCCUGAUUGGUCAGUUUGAGGUGCAGCUGCAACAGUAUCGCCAGCAAAUUGAGGAGCUGGAGAAUCACCUGACAACUCAGGGCAAUGGCCCCAACAUCACACCUCAAGAUCUGUCCCUGGCCAUGCAAAAACUUUACCAGACAUUUGUGGCUCUGGCUGCACAGCUCCAGUCGGUGCAUGAAAAUGUGAAGAUCCUUAAACACCAGUACUUGGGCUACAGGAAGGCUUUCCUGGAGGACUCCACUGACGUUUUCCAGUCCAAACGUGCCGCCGGCCAGAAGUGGCAGAGCGCCCCUCGCGUCACCACUGGCCCCACCCCCUUCAGCAGUGUUCCGAACGCUGCGGCUGUUGCCAUGGCUGCCACGCUAACACAGCAGCAACAGCCCGCUCCAGGGGUUUCAGCCCCUCUGCUCCAGGGGCUCUGGGCCCCCCACACUCACCUGCUGUGGUCUGUCCGCGGAAACUCCUACUCUGAAAUGUCCUGCCGGACCACAGCCGCCCCUGGGCGUGGGACUGGCGGCCCCUCUCGCCCCGGGCCUGGGUGCUGGUUUGGGCUCUGGCCUCGGAGCCUUCGGCAGCGGUCCUGGUUUUGGCGGAGUGACCGCAGGUGGCUCGUCUUUUGGCUUUGCCUCUUCCAGCAAACCAUCCGGAGGGAGCCUGAGUGCAGGUUUUGGCACUUCCAGUACCUCUGGCUUUAAUUUCAGCAAUCCUGGGAUCAAUGCAUCAGCAGGGCUCACAUUUGGUGUCUCCAAUCCGCCAGCGGCCGGGUUUGGGGCCAGCCCACCGCUGCUGCAGCUUAAGAAGCCCCCGGCAGGCAACAAACGAGGCAAAAGAUAGAGAAAGCUGAGCAAAGGAUGGAGCACACAGGGGAAGAAGAGGAACAGGCAGGCAAAGGGAAUAGGACGGGAAGAGCGGGGAGAUCUAUUUUUAUAUUUUGUUUGGGGGAGGGCUGUUGUGUACAAAUUAAUGAGCACAUUGAAGUCUUUUGUGUUGUUAAGUCGGUUUUUAUCUUUUUGUUUUGUGUUGCCAUUUGUUUUGUGUUGUUUCUAUAAUGUCCUACGAGGCAGGGAGCAGAUUGAGUAAAGAGGGAGAGAGGGGUUUAAGAGUCAAAGGUCAGGGGUCAGCAUUGGCUGUGGUUAAUGGGUACUUAAACUGUUUUAACUGACUCAGGGGUGAAGGUCUUUUUGUUCUCAAAGAUGAGGGCAGCCAAGCCCCCGUUAUAUGUAAUCAAGACUGGAUUUGGCUCCCCGAUUGGUUGAUUUAAGAUCGUACAGAUGAUGCCUCCGAGUGGCUGCAAGAUGUGACGAUCAUAACGUGUACGUGCGCCUGCACAUGUAUGCACAUAGGUGUGUUCUGUGCAUGUAUGAGUGCACUGACUCCACUUUCCACUAAUAUCCCUAGAUGAGGCUCAGUUGUGAUGUUCCAUAAAGCUCAGCGGUAAUAUUGCAUGAGGUUCAACUGUAAUAUUGCGUGAGACUUGUCUUAUUUAGUCAUCUUUCAGUCACAGUGUCUUAGCUUACUGACCUGCCCAGCUCAAAAGAGCAAACUUCCUGACUACAUGCAGGCUUAUGGAGGGAGAUUUUUUUUUCUUUUUUAUUCGUUUUCCCGAUUGUCAAUUGCGCUUUUGUUACCAAAUAGUGAAGAGAUUUUUUUCUAUACUUGUACCAGAAUCUAUGUGGAAAUGUGUAUUUUCUGACUUGAAAGAGCAAAGCAAAUUUAAUAAUAAAAAUAAUCAAAGGUGAAA